AGAGAUGAAACCAUAAAAAGCAAUAAUAAUCGAGCUAGCGGCCUGCACACAUUCACAACGUUUCGGUGCUCUCUCACCUGUGAGCAGCACACGGAUAGCACCUUGCCACCAAUACAGGUAAACAGGCAUCAGGCAAUAACGGCGUCGGCGUCAAAGCCAACUGAGACGGUGGCAGCGCAACAGCAACAGCAGCAGCAGCAGCAGCAGCACAUUCAACAGUUGAACAAUCUCCAAUUGACUCUUUGGGCAUUAUAGCCGAGAGCCGAGCUCCAGCGACAGCGACGACAAGUUUUCCGCGCACACGGAAAGUCAGAAAGUCAAAAUAUCUCACCAAUUCAUACACCCCCUUUGUUUUGAAAGUGCAUUUGUUUAUAUCGAAUUAGUGAAUCGGUUAACGGAUUUUUAGAAAAUCGCUCGUGUGGCAAUGGCAAAAAUAAAAAACAAACAUCAGCUAAAAAGUCGCGCUUAAACUUUUCGAAAUUAAAUAAAACACUCACACACACUCACCGAUUUCAGCCACGAAGAGGAAGAGAAGGCUGAAAAAAGCGAAAAAAACGUGUAUCUGUGUGAGUGCGCGGGUAUCUCGGAGAGCGUAUGCUUAAGUGUGUGUGUCCCGUGUCCGUAUCCGUGUGUGUGCGUGCUCAGCUUGUGGAUAUCGGUGUGUGAGUGUAAGCUGGAAUGAGACGCCAUCAAAGCUGAGCUAAAGCAGCAGCAGCCGCAGCAGCGAAUAAUAAAAUUCAAAAUAAAAAUAGUGAUUAAUAACAGCGGCCAGAACAAGCAGCAACAACAAAAGUAGUGCGGGAAAGCGCGUGAAUACAAAAAGAUACAAAAAAAAAGUGAGAAAUCUAACCAAACACACACACAUCCACAACACACACACAAACACACGCAAAACAAAAUACGCAAAUGCCAUUCGAACCGCCCCCGCACCGCCCCGCCCUGCUUUCGCCCCUCAAUUUCGCGCCCAUUUGUGAACAACAACAAAAGUAACAUUUUGUUUAAAUAACAACAACAACAACAGCAAAAUGUUUUGGACCAUACAACGUGAUUUUUAAGCCAAAAUGCACAUACCACUAACAAAAACAAAAAAUUCAAAAUCAAAAGCAACAACAACAGCAGAAACAGUAAGAGCUCCACAUACCACAGCGAGUGGCAUAUUAGAAGCAGCGGAAAGCAGCCAGCCAAGAGCAUUGUGUAAGCCAUAGGCACUGAGAGCCAGGCUAAAAGCCCCAGACGCACCACCACCACCACCACCGCCAUCGGGAACAACAACAACAAGAUCACAAAGAGUGGCGAAAGGUGCACCCACCAGUGCAGCCACAUUUCAGCGGGUACUCCAAGAGCUCCAAACUCCAAACUCCAACCUCCAUACUACAUAACAUCCAUACUCCAGACUACCGUCUACAGACUCCGUCUACGGACUUCAGUUCCAGUUCGACGUUUCAGUUCGAGUGCCAUAGAUCCUCACCCAAGUGCCAAAAUCCGUAUCCUGAUCCCGAGCUCAAGGCACCCGUCAUCACAUUAUGGACAGCGGCCCAAAACUGAGCUGAGAACGAAACGAAGGAAGUUCCUUAGUGCCAUAGAAUGCAGUAAUUGAAACAACGACAACAGCGACAUAAAAGCCACAAAGAACAACCAACCGGAACACCGAACCAACAAAUAAACAAAAAACAAAAAAAAACAGAGAAAAGAACAACAAAGUGCCUUCCCAUCAAUCCAUCAAGUUGAUAAGUGAUAUUUAUUAUGUUUAUACUUGCCAGAAAAUGCAAUAAUAACAACUGCAACAGGAAUAGGAACAACUACCGAUCGGGAUUCAAAUGAUCUGUCCACGACCAAGUCCUAGACCCGAUCGAAAACCUCCGACAAGUGCAAUCCCGAAUCCAGUUCAAAUUAGUUGAGUACAGUACGUAUAAUGUCCACAUCCGCCGCCACAACGAGCGUCAUAACGUCCAACGAGCUCUCGCUGUCCGCCCACGGCCACGCUCACGGUCACGGCCACGCCCACCAGCUGCAUCAGCAUCCCCACAGCCGCCUGGGAGUCGGCGUUGGUGUUGGCAUCCUUAGCGACGCCUCACUGUCACCCAUCCAGCAGGGAAGCGGCGGAGGCGGAGGCGGUGGGAAUAACAACAAUACCUCACCACUGGCGCCCAACGGAGUACCACUCCUAACCACGAUGCACCGCUCCCCGGACUCACCCCAGCCGGAGCUGGCCACCAUGACGAAUGUCAAUGUCCUGGACCUGCACACGGACAACUCCAAGCUCUACGACAAGGAGGCGGUCUUCAUCUACGAAACACCCAAGGUGGUAAUGCCAUCGGACGGGGGUGGUGGAGCGGGAGGCGGUGGUGCUGGCGGGCCGCCGGACGAAGGACAUGCCAUUGAUGCCAGGAUUGCCGCCCAACUGGGCCAAAAUCCAAACCAGCAACAGCAGCAGGCCGAGCACCAGCCGCUGGCCAAGAUCGAGUUCGAUGAGAAUCAGAUCAUCCGCGUGGUGGGUCCUAACGGCGAGCAGCAGCAGAUCAUCUCGCGGGAGAUCAUCAACGGCGAGCACCACAUCCUGUCCCGCAACGAGGCUGGCGAGCACAUCCUGACCCGCAUCGUGAGCGAUCCCUCCAAGCUGAUGCCCAACGACAAUGCGGUGGCCACGGCCAUGUACAACCAGGCCCAGAAGAUGAACAACGAUCACGGCCAGGCCGUCUACCAAACGUCUCCCUUGCCCCUGGACGCCUCUGUCCUGCACUACAGCGGCGGCAACGACUCCAAUGUGAUCAAGACCGAGGCCGACAUCUACGAGGAUCACAAAAAGGCUGCUGCGGCAGCCGCUGCCGCCGGCGGAGGGUCUAUUAUUUACACCACGACCGAUCCUAAUGGCGUCAAUGUGAAUGUGAAGCAACUGCCCCACCUGGCAGUGCCACAGAAACUUGACCCCGACCUCUACCAGGCGGACAAGCACAUCGAUCUGAUCUACAACGAUGGCAGCAAAACGGUCAUAUACUCCACCACCGAUCAGAAGAGCCUGGAGAUCUAUUCCGGCGGCGACAUUGGCAGCCUGGUGUCCGACGGUCAAGUGGUGGUUCAGGCCGGACUACCCUAUGCCACCGCCACGGGAACCGGGGGACAGCCGGUGUACAUUGUGGCCGACGGUGCCCUGCCCGCGGGGGUCGAAGAGCAUUUGCAGAGCAAUUCCAACAAUAGUGGAAAACUGAAUGGCCAGACCACACCUAUCGAUGUCUCGGGCCUAUCGCAAAAUGAAAUCCAAGGCUUUCUGCUCGGCUCCCACCCCUCGUCGUCGGCGACGGUCACCACCACGGGCGUUGUCUCCACCACGACGAUCUCGCAUCACCAGCAACAGCAACAGCAGCAACAGCAACAGCAGCAGCAGCAACACCAGCAGCAACAGCAUCCCGGUGAUAUUGUCAGCGCCGCGGGCGUGGGGAGUGCAGGCUCAAUUGUCUCCAGUGCGGUGCAGCAACAGCAGCAGCAACUAAUUAGCAUCAAACGAGAACCCGAAGACUUGCGAAAGGAUCCGAAAAAUGGCAACAUUACCGGUGCAACAGCGGCGAACGGAGCGGGUUCGGUCAUAACGCAAAAGAUCUUGCACGUGGAUGCACCACCAGCACCACCGCCGUCCGCAAGUGAAGCUGAUAGGCCCAGCACACCGCACACCACUAGCAGUAGCCGAAGCACCAUCUCCAACACCAGCACCACACCCACUGUAUCGGAAUCGGAAGCAGACACCGCACUAGAGAUGUACGCAACCACGGGCGGCACACAGAUCUACCUACAGACCUCACAUCCCAGCACGGCGAGCGGAGCUGGCGGCGGUGCCGGGCCGGCGGGCGCUGCCGGGGGCGGAGGCGUCUCCCUACAGGCGCAGAGCCCCAGCCCCGGUCCGUAUAUCUCCGCCAAUGAUUACGGAAUGUAUACGGCCAGUCGCCUGCCACCCGGUCCCCCGCCCACCAGCACCACAACGUUCAUAGCGGAGCCCUCGUACUACCGGGAAUACUUUGCCUCGGAUGGACCCGGAGGCUAUGUGCCGGCCAGCACGCGAUCCCUGUACGGCGACGUCGAUGUUUCCGUCUCGCAGCCCGGCGGAGUGGUUACCUAUGAGGGCCGCUUCGCCGGCAGCGUUCCCCCGCCCGCCACCACCACUGUGCUGACCAGCAGCAGCAGCCUCUCCAGCAUGCACCACCACCAGCAGCAGCAGCAACAACCGCAACACCACCAGCAGCAACAGCACCACCCGCAGGACGGCAAGGGCGGUGGUGGCGCCACGCCCCUCUACGCCAAAGCGAUUACGGCAGCCGGUCUGACAGUGGAUCUACCAAGUCCGGACUCGGGCAUUGGAACAGAUGCCAUAACACCGCGGGAUCAGACCAACAUCCAACAGUCCUUCGAUUAUACGGAACUGUGCCAGCCGGGCACGCUGAUCGAUGCCAAUGGCAGCAUACCCGUCAGUGUGAACAGUAUCCAGCAGAGGACGGUGGUGCACGGGAGCCAGAACAGCCCAACCACCUCCCUGGUGGACACGAGCACGAAUGGAUCCACACGCUCCCGGCCCUGGCACGACUUUGGCCGCCAGAACGAUGCUGACAAAAUACAAAUACCAAAAAUUUUCACAAAUGUGGGCUUCCGCUAUCACCUGGAAAGCCCCAUCAGUUCAUCGCAGAGGCGCGAGGACGAUCGCAUCACCUACAUAAACAAGGGCCAGUUCUACGGAAUAACUCUGGAGUAUGUUCACGAUGCGGAUAAGCCCAUCAAGAACACCACCGUCAAGAGUGUGAUCAUGCUAAUGUUCCGCGAGGAGAAGAGCCCCGAGGACGAGAUCAAGGCCUGGCAAUUCUGGCACAGUCGUCAGCAUUCCGUGAAGCAAAGAAUCUUGGAUGCAGAUACAAAGAACUCGGUUGGCCUGGUUGGCUGCAUCGAGGAAGUGUCGCACAAUGCCAUCGCCGUCUACUGGAAUCCGCUGGAGAGCUCCGCCAAGAUCAACAUUGCGGUACAGUGCCUCAGCACGGACUUCAGCAGUCAAAAAGGAGUCAAGGGCCUGCCGUUGCACGUACAAAUCGACACAUUCGAGGACCCCAGGGAUACGGCGGUCUUCCACCGCGGCUACUGUCAGAUAAAGGUCUUCUGCGAUAAGGGUGCUGAGAGAAAAACACGAGAUGAGGAGCGACGGGCCGCCAAACGAAAGAUGACAGCCACUGGGCGUAAGAAACUGGACGAGCUUUAUCAUCCUGUGACGGAUCGGUCCGAGUUCUACGGUAUGCAGGACUUCGCCAAGCCGCCGGUGCUGUUCUCGCCAGCCGAGGACAUGGAGAAGGUAGGUCUGCCAUCCCAAGCGGGGGGCACUGGCAUGACAUUCAACCCACUGAGCCUGAGCAACGGCAACUCCAACUCCAACUCGCACUCGUCCUUGCAGAGCUUCUACGGGCAUGAGACUGACUCGCCGGACCUGAAGGGGGCCUCGCCUUUCCUGCUCCACGGCCAGAAGGUGGCAACGCCGACGCUUAAGUUUCACAAUCACUUUCCGCCCGACAUGCAGACCGAUAAAAAGGAUCAUAUACUGGACCAGAACAUGCUAUCCAGCACACCCCUGACCGACUUUGGUCCGCCGAUGAAGCGUGGCAGGAUGACGCCGCCCACCUCCGAGCGCGUGAUGCUGUAUGUGCGGCAGGAGAACGAGGAGGUCUACACGCCCCUGCACGUGGUGCCGCCCACCACCAUCGGCCUCUUGAAUGCGAUUGAAAACAAAUACAAAAUCUCAACAACGAGCAUAAAUAACAUAUAUCGCACAAACAAGAAGGGGAUUACUGCGAAAAUUGAUGACGAUAUGAUAUCGUUCUACUGCAAUGAGGACAUCUUCCUGCUGGAGGUGCAACAGAUCGAGGACGAUCUGUACGAUGUGACGCUCACGGAGCUGCCCAACCAGUAGCAGUGAAGUGUUAGCAGUAGCAGUAGCUCAAAAAAACAAAAAAAUACACAAAACAAGGACACAAUUUUGCUAACAGAAGUUGUUUCAAUAAGCCAUUUUCAAUAGAGCCUAAGUCUAAUUUCGUAGUUGUUAACCGACGUGGGAGUUGCUACAGAGAUUAAAUAAAAAACAGAACAAUAUGGAAUGGAGAUAGAAAGCUAAUGAAAUAUCUAUAUAUAUAUAUUUGUAAAAUGAUAUAUGAUUUAAAAUUCGAUUUAGUUAUUUAGCAACAAUGAGAUUACUUAAAAUUUUUUGAUCAAAUUUUACAUUCUCGCUAUGUCCGCAUAAAUUUGUAAUAUUGUCUAAGCCCCUAAUCUUAAUCGUACUGUGUAUUUAUGUGGCUCUCUUUAUAUGUAUGUUUUGUGUUUAGAGGGCGCAACAGUGUCUGUCCAGUAGGAAAUAAGUCGACUUUCUGAUCCCCUGCUUAUGCUUCGACCUUAGGUCCAGGGCAAUUAAGAGUUACGCAAAAAAUCACAUCUUCUAUUAGCUAUAUCUAUCGGAAUCAUUAGCUCUAUACGGUCUAGAUGUAAUCACUUGUAUGUUCGGCUUAAGCGUUUACUUGUUGAAUAUAAAUUGUAAAAUUAUUUUUGAAAAAAACAACGACACAAAUUGUUUCUGUUUCCAAACUUCGUAACUCGUUACCCCGUUUACCCUUUUCCCCAGUCCCCACUCUGUUAUGUAUAAUUAGGAUCUCUGUACACAAAAAAUCAUAAAAAAAAACAAACAAAAAUGAAAACUGGUAGAACAAAAUUUGAUAAAUGAGAAAAAUUGGUUUAAAAAAUAAACUAAACAAAAAAAGAAAAAGAAUACACUCUUGAAAUAAUUAUCCUUAAAUCUAGAAGUACAUUUAGCGAUAAGAACACUGCAAUAAAACAUGUUGAUAAAAAUCGUAAUUAAGUCCAAGCUAAGGCAAAAAACGUAAUCGAAACUAAACCACAAAAACAAAAAAAAAAAACAAAAAAGGAAAGAACUUUAAGAACAUUUGUGUGCAUUUGUUGUAAAACAAACAAAAAAUAUCUAAAGAACAAUAAUCAACCAAAAAUGUUGAUUCAAAACUAAACAAUUAAAAUGAGGACGUCCAAUCGUAGCACCACAAAAUAUCGCAGCAUCCAUAUAAAGAUACAAGAUACAAGAUACAGAUACACAUAUAUAUAUAGAAGUAUAGGGAUAACAUACAUAGCAUCGUUCGAAUGCUUUUACAAUCUUUGUUUGCCAUAAUUAACAGUUUAAUUUAAUUAACGAAAUGUUUUGUGUACAAUGUUAUUUGAAUUCAGGCAGAGACAUCGUCAAGAGAGAGAUUUGCUUGAAACAACGAAUACUCCAACGCAUCAAUUGCUUCAAUCUUGAACAGUACGAGUUCAAUGCUCAAUAUUAUUAUUAAUUGUUUAUUAAUUGUAAAACCACCCCCCUUAACUCUGCUGAUAUUGCUCCUUCAAUUUUCUUACCUUCUUAUCCAAAUCAAUAAUGCUCUAUAUCUAUUUUUUCUCACUGUUUCGUAGCUUUUUUUUCAUUUGACAUUUCCGGUGUUGUACAUCACAAUUUGUUUUUAAUUUUAGCCCUUAGUUCUAAUUGUACUACUCAAUAUUACACAAUAUUAUGAUAUGGUAUGAGAAGAGAGCACAUAUCAUAUGAUAUCAUAUAUAAAAUGAAAUGAUGAUGAAUCGAAAAUCUUGCCGGCAUGUUAUAAAAUCUUUAUGUUUAGUUAUCGUACUUGUAAUCUAUAAGUUCUAUGCUCUUUCUAUAUAUUGUAUACAACAAAACAUAUACAUAUAUAUUUUAAAAGCCAAUAAUUUAUUUUUUGUUACUGUUGGAAACAAUUCCGCGAAAAAUAGAAAAGGAAAAACAACAAAAAAAAUCGCAACUGAGAACAAGUGACACUCCAUAUGAAUUGUGCGAAAAGUGCAUGUCCCACUUGAGAAAUUAAUGAAGAGACAAAUAAAUAAAACAAAUUGUACAAUAUAAUUAUAAUGAAUACACAACAUUUAAAUAAAGAACAAAAAGUAA